UUCGAAUUACGGAGUAGUUCAAAUUUGCCAAGCAUUGGACUCACCAAACGAAAAAUACAGCAAGCGAACAAUAUGAGUGACAAGGAUAAGCUUAUAUGGCAUGAGUCUGGCGAACGAUUUGUGGAUACCCCUCGAAAUGGUGUUAAAAAUGAACAGAACAGAAAGUUACCUUGGUACUUUGCAAGUGGAUUUCUACUGUUUUGGGGGCUCCUCUUUUUCGCAGUUGUGAUACCAUUCUUCUAUCGGUUACCUACGGCUCGAACAGUAGAGGACGCAUAUACAAAUGAAUUUAUUGCGGAACGUGCGUACAAAAAUCUUUACCAUCUGUCAAAUAUUGGUACCAAAAUGGUCGGUUCUAAGGAAAACGAGGUUGAGGCUGUACAGUACCUUCUUAAGGAGCUUAAUCAAAUUAAGGAUGAAUCCCUAAAAGAUUACUUCGAUAUUGAAAUUGACUUAUCGCAAGUCUCUGGUCAAUUUAAAUAUGCAAAUCUGAUUAUCUUGUAUCAAGGAGUUCAAAAUAUUGCUGUAAAAAUAGCUUCAAAAAACAGCAAAAGCGAUUCAUAUCUCCUUGUUAACAGCCACUAUGAUUCCAAGCCAGAAACUCCGUCUGCCGGUGAUGCAGGUUUUAUGAUUGUCACGAUGUUAGAAGUUUUGCGUGUUUUGGCAACAACAAAGCAAACCUUUGAACAUCCUAUAGUCUUUUUGUUCAAUGGGGCUGAAGAAAGUUCUAUGCUAGCAUCGCAUGGCUUCAUAACUCAACACAGAUGGGCGCCCCACCUCAAAGCCGUGGUUAAUCUCGAUGCUGCUGGAAGUGGAGGGCGAGAAUUACUCUUCCAGAGUGGCCCCAACUAUUCUUGGCUUGUAGACUAUUACAAUAAGUUUGCUAAACACCCCUUUGGCACAACAUUGGCCGAAGAAAUUUACCAGUCUGGUGCGCUGCCUUCUGAUUCUGAUUUUACAAUUUUUAAAGAGCACAUUCCAGGACUAGACCUGGGUCAAUGCUACAACGGUUUCGUAUACCAUACCAAGUACGACGUGAUCGACGUUAUUCCUCGAGAAUCCUUGCAGAACACCGGUGACAAUGUCCUUAGUCUAGUUCGAGGAUUGGCUAAUGCAACUGAAUUACACGAUACAGAAGCUCAUAAGACUGGACACGCUGUGUUCUUUGACUUUCUGGGAAUCUAUUUUGUACACUACUCAGAGGCUACGGGAAUAUCGGUGAAUUUUGGCGUUGCCGGAGCUGCAUUCCUUUUGGUUUUCAUUUCAAUGUGGCGCAUGGCAGCUGUCUCUCACGUUACCAUAUGCCACGUGGUGUGCUGGUUUAUAUUGGUCCUAAUCGUCCAGGUUAUCUCUUUUGUACUCGGACUGGCUCUUCCUAUUGUGGUUUCAUAUGUAUUUGACAAUGUAGGACUUUCGCUGACUUACUAUAGCACUCCGUUGCUGGUGAUUGGUCUUUAUGUGUGCCCCUCACUCAUUGGACUUAGUUUGCCCAUAACUAUGUACUACAAUAUCCAGUGCAACGAAAAAAUCUCGACAGCGUAUCAUAUCCAACUGGCAGUGCAUGCUCAUGCUGUUAUUUUAGCUUUUCUAGCCAUUUGUCUUACAUUAUUUGGCUUGCGUUCCUCUUAUAUUUUCGUAAUACCACUUGUUUUCUAUGUUGCAUCCUUGGUCUUGAAUUUAUUGACUACUCUGCAUGACCGUGGCUAUGCUUGGACGGGUCUGCUUAAGGCAAGCCAGAUAAUUCCUUUCCUCUAUAGCAGCUACCUUUUCUAUCUAUUCGUGGUGGUAAUUACACCAAUGACCGGCCGUUCGGGCAGUGCAUCCAAUCAGGACUUAUACAUUGCUGCCCUGGCAGCGAUAGGAACAGUCCUCUCGUUUGGCUUCUUGAUCCCUCUUAUCAAUACUUUCCGACGACCCAGUUUUGUGGUGUUCUCCCUGCUUGCAAUCACAGCUGUCGCUAUGUAUUUAGCAAGUAGUACACAAAUCGGAUUUCCCUAUCGACCACGGACCAAUGGACAGCGAGUUGCAUACCUGCAAGUGCGAAAUAUGUUCUACGAGUACGAUGGAACUCUCAGUAAGGAUGAAUCUGGUUAUCUAUUUAAUUUUCAAGAUAGACGUGAAGAAAAACCUUUAUUGGACUCAAACGUCAAUCUGACUGGAUUGGUUAGCAUAAAAUCGAGAUGCGAGAAGCACAUGAUGUGUGGAAUGCCUUUGUAUGAUUUUCGCUACGUUGACAACCGGCUGCAAAGUAAAUGGUUGCCACGUUCUGAGCCCAUUAUACCACCAGGAUUGACGACAUUGAAUGUCCUGAGCAAGACUGUACUUAAUUCAACCACUGUCCGAUUUGAGUUUAGUUUAGUAGGCCCCCCUCAAAUGAGUCUGUUUUUUGAGCCCUACGAAGAUGUGACAAUUAGCAACUGGUCGUUUUUACAAAGCUAUCUUCAGAACCCACCACCUUAUCCCUUGUCGUACCAUAUAUUCUUUAAUUACGGCAUUGAUAAAUCACCUUUAAACUUUUUCGUGGAAAUUUCGAAACGAAAUGGAGACUUCACGGUACCCCUAUUUCAAUUUGGUGUGCAGGGACAUUUUGUUGGAAAUGAGGGCGAUGUAGAAAGUGUGAAGUUUGCAACUCAAUUCCCAGCCUAUGCGAUUCUAGCCACUUGGCCGUCCUCUUAUUACAGAUACAUAUUUUAAGUUUAAAAAAGUAUUGUAACGAUAAUUUAGAGCUAUGUUUAAAAUAAUGAAUAUCUUUUUUGAACCAGUUUUAAGGAAUUAUAAAUUGUUUUCAUAAUUAUCUGUCAUAAUAAUUGUAAAGAAAUGCACCUUAGACUGAAAAAAAUAGCUAUCGGAAAUGGAA